AAUUUGAAUGUCUAAUGUCAAUGUCAAUAUUCACAUGCUGCCGAUUGGGGAAUCAAUUUUAUUUCAAGAAGAGUUUCCCAUUGAUUUUACGCUGAACAUAUACGUGUUGUCCGUAAUUCAAUAUAAUUUUUAAUUAUGUCGGAUGUACCAGAUCUUAGUAGUGACGAAGAGCAUUUUGACGAUGAAGAAUGGCAAGAAAUGGAAACCAGUAACGUGUCGGUAACAUGCUUGUUUUGUUCAGAGCUGAUUUCUUCUGUGGAAGAAGCUUUGGCCCACUGUGAAACUUCGCAUAAAUUCUCUUUAAGUAUUCUAAAGCUCAAGUUUAAUAUGGACUGUUAUUCAUACAUAAAAAUGAUAAACUACAUAAAGACAAACAAGCCAACUGCUGAAGAAUUUAUGAAAAUUAAGCACCCGCCUUGGAACGACGACAAGUAUUUGAAACCUGUUGAGAAUGACGAAUGGCUCACAUUCGACUUCGAUUCUGUAUCUGAAAAACCUAAUUCCCCCAAAACAUAUCAUGCCAAUGUUGAGAAUGGUGUUGUUACUCUUUCUCAGGGACAUUUUACUGAAUUACAAAAAACCAUACAAACAUUGAGCGAACAGUUAAGUGAGAGUCAAACUCAUCUGCAAAUGGCCAAGGAGGAUAUAAACAAAAUGCAAGACUCAAUGAAAACAUUAGUUGAAGGCGGCCAGUCCUCAAGUUGUGAAGUAAAAAAUAAAACAAGUUGUGUUGCGAGUAUUCCUAUAGAGUGUGACGAAGGAUACUUUAACACUUAUGCACACUUUGGAAUUCAUUACGAUAUGCUCUCAGAUAAAGUACGAACAGAAACGUAUCGUGAUGCCAUAUUAAAAAAUAAAGAAACCUUAAGAGAGAAGACUGUACUUGAUCUUGGUUGUGGCACAGGAAUACUGUCAAUGUUUGCUGCAUUAGCAGGUGCCAAACAAAUUUAUGCCUUAGACCAAUCUGAUAUAAUAUACCAUGCAAUGGAUAUAAUAACUGAAAACAAUUUACAAAAUGUAAUAAAGACAAUUAAAGGUAGACUUGAAGAAACAAAACUUGAAGAAAAAGUUGAUGUAUUAGUUUCCGAGUGGAUGGGAUACUUCUUAUUAUUUGAAGGAAUGUUGGAUAGUGUAAUAUAUGCCAGAGAUAACUGUUUGAAGUCAGGUGGUUUGUUAAUGCCUAAUAGAUGUAGCAUAAGUAUUGUAGCAAAUGGUGAUGUUGAUACACACAAGAAGCUAAUAGAUUUUUGGUCUGAUGUUUAUGGUUUUAAAAUGAACUGUAUGAAAUCUGAAGUAGUAAGAGAGGCCAGUAUAGACGUAGUUGCAUCUAAAUAUAUAUUGUCUCAACCAUAUGUUAUAAAUGAAAUAGACAUUAGUACUUGUGAUACUACCGUAAUGGAUUUUACAUCAGAAUUUAAAUUGGAGAUUCUAAGGGAUGGUUAUUUGACAUCUUUAGUAGGAUAUUUUGAUACGUUUUUUGAUCUGCCCAAUAGUGUGUCAUUUUCAACAGGUCCUCAUUCAGCACCUACACACUGGAAACAAACUGUAUUUUAUUUAAGAGAUUGUAAAGAGGUUAAACAAGGCAGUGUUAUAACUGGCACCAUAAUUUGUAAUAGGCAAAAAACAGAUGUCCGAGCAUUAUCUGUGCAGAUAGAGAUAUUUGGAAAAAAUCACAAAUAUAUACUAAGUUAGAAAAUACUAAUAAAAGUGUCUAUUGUAAUUUUCGUAAUAUUAAUAAAUGCCACCAAUUUUUUUUAUUAAAAUAAAUUAAGAAAGUUAACUUUGAUAAUACAGUUUGAUAUUUCAUUUAGAAAUUAAUUGGUGAUAAUGGUUCAAUAUAUUUACUGAAAAAUUAUUUUGUAGUAUUUCAAUCAGCUGAGAUUUUUGAAAGAUUAAUUUAAUUUUUUUUACAUGGUAAAAAGUUUUCUUGACAUACUGUGGAUAAAUGCAAUGGUUCUGGAUAAUAUGGACAAAUUCAGCUCUGUUGAUGGGAAGUGUGAUAAUAAAAAGGAGAAGAAUGGAUCACUGGAUGUUUCUUCAGAGUACGUCCCGUGGGGGCAUGUGAUACAGAAUAAGAGAGAAGUGAAGUUCCUCUAUAGACCCAGAUGUUCAAAACAAUCUGUGUUAUUUUUAAUUCACAUCAAUAGAUAAGGAAAGUUUUAUUUUUUAUUGUCAGUAAUUAAAAAUACAUAUGGUGUUAAGUUGCAAUGACUGAUUAUUUAGUUGAAAUCUGAUCAGCCUUGCAUUAAUGAUUGCAGUUUUUAAGGAAGUUAAUAAAACAAAGUUUUCUACGAAAAAUGUUUAUUUUAUACAAUAAUAUGAUAAAGUUACACAUAAAUAAAA